AUGGCCAACGAACGGAUGGAGGUGGAUAUUGCGGAGGAGAAGCUCAAGGCUAUGGAGCACUCUGAGCAGCACUACUUCAAGAGUUACGACCAUCACGGCAUCCAUGAGGAGAUGUUGAAAGAUGAGGUCCGCACAAAGUCGUAUAUGAGCGCCAUUGUCAACAACAAGCACCUUUUCAAGGACAAGGUUGUUCUUGAUGUUGGCUGUGGUACGGCGAUUCUGUCCAUGUUCGCUGCGAGGGCUGGCGCCAAGCACGUCAUCGGUGUCGACAUGUCCACCAUCAUCUUCAAGGCUCGCGAGAUUGUCAAGGUCAACGGCCUCGCCGACAAGAUUACUUUGAUCCAGGGCAAGAUGGAGGAUGUAGAACUUCCCUUCCCCAAGGUCGAUAUCAUCAUCUCCGAGUGGAUGGGCUACUUCCUCCUCUACGAAAGCAUGCUCGAUACCGUGCUCUACGCCAGGGACAAGUAUCUCGUGCCCGGCGGCAAGAUCUUCCCUGACAAAGCUACCAUUUACGCCGCCGGCAUCGAGGACGGCGAAUACAAGGACGAGAAGAUCGGAUUCUGGGAUAACGUCUACGGAUUCGACUACACUCCUCUCAAGGAGACCGCCCUCUCCGAGCCCCUCGUCGACACCGUCGAGCUCAAGGCCGUCGUGACUGAACCCUCCUCCGUCCUCGUCCUCGAUCUCUACACGUGCACCACAGCCGAUCUCGACUUCAAGGUCCCCUUCGAACUCAGCUGCCGCCGCGACGAUUUCAUCCACGCCCUCGUCGCCUGGUUCGACAUCGAGUUCUCCGAAUGCCACAAGCCCAUCCGGUUCUCCACCGGCCCCCACACCAAGUACACCCACUGGAAGCAGACCGUCUUCUACCUCAAGGACGUGCUCACCGUAUCGGCCGGCGAGAGGAUAUCGUCGACGAUUUCCGUGAAACCCAACUUGAAGAAUAGGCGCGAUCUCGACAUUGCUAUCGACUAUAAGCUUGAGACCGACGAUCCUACUCGGCAAGCUGAAGGCCACUGCGAGUACAGGAUGUGCUAA